AUGACUGAACCCGCGAAAGUGGACCCCGUCAAGGUGAAUGUACGGGUGAGGCCGCUCAACAGCCGCGAGCUGCUGGAAUCGGCGCAAGUGGUCCUCUCUACGAAUCAGACGUCCAUUCGCAUCGGUGCCAAAACGUUUGCAUUCGACGAUGUGUUCCCGUCGGAAUCAAGCCAGGAUGACGUGUACACAAGGACUGCCGAGCCCCUCCUGCAGCGUUUCCUGGAAGGCUAUAACUGCACGAUGCUUGCCUACGGGCAGACUGGCUCCGGAAAAACCUUUACGAUGGGUACCGAGGUGUCUGUAACUACAAUCGAGAACGAGAAUCGUGGCAUCAUCCCCCGCCUUAUUGCUGCUCUCUUCCAGAGUAUCGAAGAGUCUGGUUGUCCAGCCAGCUUCCUCGUCAACGUGAGCAUGCUAGAAGUCUACCAAGAAGAAGUCGCUGACCUGCUUGCCGCGCAGAAGGGCCCGCUGCAGCUUCGCGAGAGCAAGGAGACUGGCUUCUUCGUGCAAGGCCUUUCGUCUGUGAAGAAAACAGCUGUCGAUGAAGAUGAAUGCAGCUUCGAGGCCAAAUUCCAUCUGGUGGACCUCGCCGGCUCUGAGAGGCUGAAGAAAACGCAAGCCGAGGGAGAAUGCAAGAAGGAGGGCAUCAAAAUUAAUGAGGGUCUACUCGCCCUCGGCAACGUCAUCAGCGCGCUUUCGGAUGGCCUCAAGCAUAUCCCGUACAGGGAUUCGAAGAUCACUCGCAUUUUGCAAGAUUCCCUCGGUGGCAAUUCGUGCACCGUGAUGAUUGCCUGCGUCUCGCCAGCCGACACCAACGGCGAGGAGACUUUAUCCACCCUCUAUUAUGCUGACCGCGCCAAGAAGAUCAAGAAUAAGGCUGUUGUGAACGCCGACGCCGGUGAGGCAAUGAUCAAAGGACUGCGUGAUCAGCUACUGCAAUUGCGCCACGAGAACACGGUGCUGCGUUCACAGUCUACUACCGGGCCGCUCGCGAUCUCUUCGGCUGGCAAUGAGAAUAUUCUAGCCGAGUACAAGGAGAAGGCCGAGAUGCUCGAGAAGAAAUGCUUGGAGUUGACCGAACAAAAGAUUACCUACGCGGCAAAUGUUUAUAAGAUCGAGGAACGGGCCGACGCUUUUGCCAACGAAAUCGAGGUGGUCUUGGAGGGGACUACUCCGCCGGAAGAGAAGCUGGUGCUGAUCACCGACCUAUUGACGAAAUUUAAGGGCCAAGAGGAGGACGAUGCCAAAGAAGACGUUCUGAUGGAAGAAGACACUGAAGACGAAGAUGGAGAAGACACCGAGCAAGCAUACAAGAAGAAAUGCCAUACUAUGGACACCAACCUGGAAUGCCUGCUGGAUGCUAUUCGGGAGAAAGAGCGCAUUCUCGCCAACACAAAUAAGUCCGACUCGCGAUUGGAAGACCUCCAACAGCAGCAUCAGCAAGCCGUCAACGAGUUGCAAGAGAAAAUCACAGCCAUCGAGAAGGAGAAAGCUCUUUUGGCUGAUGAACUACGCAAGACCAGCAAGACAAACAAGUUGGCAGAGGAGCGACGAAAGAAACUGCAAGAGUUGGAGAAGGAGAUGGCCACAUACAAAAAGAAGCUGCAAGAUAUCCGUCGUCUAGAGCAGUUCAAGCAGCAAAACGAGAAGAACACGGAACGCAUGCGCUCUGAGAUUGAUCAAUUGAAGAUCUCUCGUGUCCAACUCUUGAAGCAAAUCCGUGCCGAGUCGGAGAAGCACCGCAUCUGGCGGGCCAAGCAGGACCGUCAAAUGAUGGUCAUGAAGAACAAGGAAAAGAAGAUCGAAAUGGAAGCCGUGCGCACCAAGAGAACCCUGACGCUGCAACUAGACGUUUAUCGCAAAAAGUACCAAGAGGCCAUCAGCAGCAACAAACGUCUGCAAGAGCAGCUGAUGCAAAGUAGCACUCGCAAGCACAACGGAAAGCUCAGCCAGGAACAGCUCACGCACAUGGUCGAAGAAGAAGUUUCUCUGCUAAGAACAUCGCAAGAGGUCAAGCUCAACCUCGCCAAUCUCCGAGAAAUGCGCAAGCAGCUUGCCAAAAAGCUCGCCGGGGUCAAUGCCCAGCUAAGCAGUUGCCAGAGUGGCCAGCCAACAAAGAAGCGUCGUACCGGUAUUGACGGCGAGUCUGUGCAAGAUGAUAUCGAGGAGACGAAGCGAUUGCUGGAGGAAGAGGCUAUGGAAAUCCGCAAAGAAAUCGAUAACUGCCAACUCCAGAUCGAAGAGCUCCAAGAAGACAGCAGCAAAAUCGACCCGGAGGCACGCUUUGAAGUUCUCUGUGGAAAGCUCACCUCGAAUUCGGAUGGAAAGGUGGUGUUGCGUGCGCUCUUCGAAAUGCAUAUUGCUGAAAUCACUGCCGCCCUCGACAAGGAGAAAGAAAAUUCCGAAAUCAAGGCAAAGGCCGAAUCGAACAAAGCGCUCGAGGAGCAAAGGGCUGAAGAAUUCCGACAAAUUGAAAUGCAACAAGCCGAGUUGAUCAACCGCAUGGAUUAUCUGCAGAAUGAGCUGGCCAACCAGCUAACCGAACUGAUUGGCCCGGCCAAGGAGGAUGCUGCCAUGAUAACGGCCGAGCAGUUCCAGACCAUCCAGGCGAUUUCUAACCAGUUCAACUCUUUGCGGUCCAAGGUCAUGGACCUUCAAUCUCCACAAGAACAACAAUCCAAACGCAAGGUGGGUCAAACUGUGAAUUCCGGCUCAAGGUUCACGAUGCCUUCUCCAAUCACAAAAGGCAAUCGCUAUUCGCAGAGAUGGGACAAGCCUCCACUUGGGCCGGAAAACGAGGAUCCCCAAAAUGUGACCUUUCUGAAAUGCGAAGAGGACACCGCUGCCAGCCUGAACGGGACCUUCACAGUCGGUCAAGAGGACGCCACGUUCAUCCUCGAUAGCGCCUCAAGCGGAAGGACCGGAAAAUCACUUGGCCCGCCCCUU